UCUCCAUGUGAACAGGAGGAAGCUUCAUUUCCGGAUUUGCUGAGUUGAUUAAAAGUGGUUUAUUUUGCGUGAAAUCGGUGCCGGGAUCUGGAACCAAGGGAAUGGCUAAAGUGUUAAAGACGUUGCGCAAUCACUGGAAGAAAACAGCGGCCGGGGUUUGCGGACUGAGCUGGGGAGCGCACUGGGUGCACAGGAGAUACCGGGACAAUCUCUUGCGCAGGGCAGCAUGUCAACAGGCAGAGGAAUAUGGAAACCAGCUGCUGCCAAUCAGUGCAAAAGUGAAGAAAGCUACUGUCUUUCUGAAUCCUGCUGCUUGCAAAGGAAAAGCAAGAAGUCUCUUUGAAAAGAAUGCAGCACCAAUUUUACAUCUUGCUGGACUGGAUGUAACAGUGGUUAAGACUGAUUAUGAGGGCCAAGCAAAGAAACUCUUGGAACUGAUGGAAGACACUGAUAUGAUUGUUGUUGCUGGAGGGGAUGGCACCCUACAAGAGGUAAUAACUGGACUUCUUCGUCGAGAGGAUGAGGCUGUCUUUAGCAGGAUCCCCAUAGGAUUUAUUCCAUUGGGAAAGAUGAACUCCUUGAGCCAGGCACUGUAUUCUACCAACAAAGAACAGGCCAGACACAUUUUAAACGCCACACUUGCUAUUGUGAAAGGAGAGACUGUUCCCUUGGAUGUACUGGAAAUAAAGGGAGAUAAAGACCGUCCAGUGUUUGCAGUGUCUGGACUGCGAUGGGGAGCUUACAGGGAUGCAUCUGCUAAACUCAGCAAGUAUUGGUAUCUCGGUCCCCUCAAAGACAAGGCAUGUCAUCUGUUCAGUAUGUUUAGGGAAUGGCCACAGACUCGUCAGACCUCCAUUACUUACCUGGGCCCAACAGAGAGACCACCAGAGCAACCAGAAGAGAAAUUACCAAGGCCCAAUCUCUGGCAAAGGAUACUAAGGAGACUGGAAUCGUACUGGGCCACUCCUAAAGAGGUGAUGCUGAUGCCAAUGGAGCCAAAGCACUGGAAGGAAGUACAGAAAACAGCAGUGGAAGUAACCAUCAGCACGCUCAACAAGCAGACAGACCUCAAGCGUACUGAAGAUGCCAUGAACAUUUGUAUAGAACCAGAUACUAUUAGCAAGCGGCAAUUUGUAGCUACGGGGACUCAGAAGUUAACUGAUCCACUCCUAUGUCCUGAAGGCAGCCAAGUUCUCCAAGCCAGUUUCUGUAAACUACAGCUACCCCAGGGAACGAAAGGUUUCUUCAGUAUAGAUAAUGAAGACUAUGAGGCUGUCUCUGUUGAUGUGAAACUACUUCCCCGAAAACUCAGGUUUUUCUGUGAUUCUAUCAAAAAGCAACAGCUACAAUAAUUGCAGACACACAACAUUCAAUAUCCCUCAGCUGAUAUACUGAUUUUACCUGUUUACUCAACACAUCCGUAAACAUUCUUCUAUUACCCUUUUAAUUUUGCUGAAUCUAAUUUUAUGUUCCGAAGCACAUAUUUUCAUUUGACAUUCUUAGAUUUCUGAGACAAGCAGAAGUUAGAGGUUUGGAGUGCAAGAGGACACUGAUUUUAAAAAAAACUUGUAUUUUCCAAACCAAAACUGCCCAGUAUUACCUGGGAUAUGGAAUGUUCUUGAAGAUAUUUUUCAACAGCUGCUAUUGCUUGGAAAUCGGUUUUACAGGAUGAGAUGAGUUUCCUGCUAUUGUUAAUUUUCACACCACCUUCUUGAACAGAUGUCUAAGCCUCUCCAGAACUCUACUAAGAAGGAAAUGCAACUGAAUCGAAGUUUUCAAAUCAGGAAUUAUGAUCAGUUAGUUAUACAGAGCUGCAGUAGGUAGUAACCCAUUCUCUAGUGUCUGUCCGAAGAGCUUAUUGUUUAUAUAAAAGGAACUUGCAUUGGUAAUGAUGCUCACAUUUUUGGAAUGCUUUGAAACAAUUUGCAAUUAAUGAAUUAUUCUUGAAAGAUGAUCAGUUUUGUUUUGUAAAAAUGAAACUCAAUUUGAUAGAAUAAGGUUCCACAAAUUACAAAUGAAAUCUGUUUUGAAUAUUCUGAAUAUUUGUUGGAACAUAUCAGUUUUCAUAGAGAUCUUUUACAACACCUAAACAAGCUGAGAGAAAGCUAAACAUUAUAUGAACACUGGCCAGUAUAAUGUUUGUUUUAUUGUAAUUUAUAUAAGUGAAACAGAAAAAUAAUGUUACAUUUUUGCAAGCUGGCACAUGUUAUUUAAAUUGGAAAAUGCUGGAAAUAGCUAUCAGGUAAGAUCUCCGUCCACACGUGUUCCCUGACCUGCUGGAUAUUUCUAGCAUCUUCUGUUUGUAUUUAAAAUUUCCAGCAAUCACAGUAUUUUCCUUUUUUAGAUGUUAAACCACUGGUACUGACCAGAACAGGAUGUGGGCUAAAAUAUACCAAAUGUUUGAAUGAGUUUAUCUGAUAGUACUGUGUUUGUGAUGAUGCUGAUUAUUUCGUGGCUGGCUAUUACUUCACUGUAAAUUUGUGUAAACAAGCAUUGUUUAAUAAUACCUUGUAUAUGAGAACACUGUUUUGUGUGUGGGAUUCUCUGACCUGUAAGAAUGGUGUGUGUGUGUUGUGGGUGUGGAGGGAAGGAGACUGUAACAAAACUUCUGUAAAGCCAGAUUCUGUACCUCUGAAAUUCUCUCUGGUGCAAAAAAAUUCUAAUUGUUGCUGUGUGCAAGUUAAUGUUAUGUAGCAGAAUGCUGAUUUAAGAGCGUCAUGGUUGUAUUCACUAAGUCUGCCUGGAGAGAGAUACUAGAAGCAUUCUUACAUACCUUCUAGCAGCCAGAUUAAAAGCAACAUGGGCUGAGAUCAGCCUUUAGAAAAAAAUCGAUGUUUAAUUUUGUCUUAAGUAUGGGUGUGGUUGUUUUUCAGAGCAAGACGCCCUGACCUUACCAGUGGGAAAGCCAGUCAGUCAGGUCCCUGCACAAGUGUGCCAUUCCUUCUCAAACUGCUGGCCAAUCAGAAAUUGGCAGCCACUGGGAGCAGCAGCUAAGACCUGGGCUGCAGUCUGUACAGCAGCAUUGAAGGUCGGGACCAGCAAAAACACCAUGCUUUUUCAGGGAGACAGACAUGAUAAUGAGGAGGGGUGGAUUGAGAGAUCAGUGGCCAUAUUCCUGCCUCUCCAUUCAGUCAUUUGCCCAGAUUGUAACAAGUUGAAGUACCCCUAAGCCUGGCAGGAAAGCUGCCUCUUUCUUGCCUGCUGGAAAUAGAUAAUUAGGCCAAUGGCAUGUUGAGGUCCUUAAAUGGUUGCUAAUUGACCAGUUAAGGGCUUAAUCUGUUACAGUGUGGGAAAGUUGUCAAUGAACAUUCCUGCCCAGCACUUAAUUGCAGAGGUGACAGAAAGGGGCAAGUAUCUUCCUUGUGUCAACCAGCCCAAUUAUUUCUCUUUUCCUUCCAUAGAAAUGGUAUAGUGCCCAUAGUGUUUAUUUAUCAACUCAUAGCUAAAUUCUGUAUGGCUAGGAAGAAGUCUUUCAAAUUGUUUUGUCGCCACAUCAUCCACGCCACUUACAUGGUUACUGGUUCAGACUUUGAUAUGAGGAAGAAGGAUCCUUCCCUUGUUUCCAAUGAUUUUGUGAUCAUUCAUAAUGAAUAUAUAAAUUAGAAGAAGGAGUAGGCUACUCAGCCACUCAGUGAGAUCAUGGGUUGAUUUAAUUAAUCCACAAUGCCACACACCCCUGACAAUUUCACAUUUUCCUUUGUUGUACUCCAUUUGCCACAACUUUACCCAUUACUUAAUUUACUUGUACACCAGCAACUUGAGCAACCAUUUAUAUAAGUUGUAAAGUGUUACAUCUUGCUAACCAGAAAAUGACCCAUUUAUGCCGACUGUUUCCUGUUGGCUAGCCAAUUUUUUUUUAAUCUAUUCCAAUAUUUUACCCCUUCAACUAUGAGCUUUUUGGUUUUGGUUUCACUUUUCACAAUAACCCUUGAUAUGGCACCUAAUCAAAUGCCUUCUGGAAAUGUAAGUAUAGUAUAUCCACCAGUUUCUUUUUUUUAAAUCCAUGGUGUAUGUUACUUCCUCAAAGAACUUCUUCAAGUUGGAUAAACAUAAUUUCCCUUUCAUAAAAUCAUGUUGACUCUGCCUGAUUAUCUCGAACUUUUCUAGUGUGCCUGUUGCAACCCCUUUAAUAAUGGCUUCUAACAAUUUGUCUUUGUCAGGUGUUAAACCAUCUAACCUGCAAUUUCUUGUCUUCAGUCUUUUUGAAUAAAGGACUUAUGUUCACUAAUGUCCAAUCUAAUGGAACCUAUCGUGUAUUUCUAAAAUUUUGGAAAAUUAAAACCAAUAUAUCAACUAUCUCACUGAUCACUUCUUUUAAGAACCUAGGCUGAAAUCCAUCAGAAUCUAGGGGCUUGUCAGCCUGUAGCUCCAACAAUUUGUUCAGUACUGGUUCACCAGUGAUUAUGAUUUUCUUGAAAUUCCUCUCUCCCUUUCAUUUCCUGAUUUCCAACUAUUUCUGGAAUACUCUGUCUGCCAUCUUAUUUUUCAUUAUUUCUCAGAAUCACUUUCUAAAUGCUCACUUUGGCUCGUCUUUCUAUUUCAAAUAGUUAUAGAAACUCUUAAUAUCUUUAUAUUUCUAGCUAGCUUUCUAUUGUACUGAAAUGUUUUCCUCAUGAAUCUUGCCACUCUGCUUUUGCUUUAAGUUUGGUACCAUCUUUAACAUGUUUAGUUAACCGCAGACAAUGAUCCUGUCCUUGCAGUUUUUCCUUCUUGUUGGAAUAAAUCUAUUCUGUGUAUUCUUAAAUGUCUGUCACUUUGCCCUCCAAAAUGCAGUUGUUUUAAGUUUAAAAUGUUAGUCUUAGAUCUACUGUUUCCUUCCUCAAACUGAAUGUAAAAUUUAUAACUAUUAUAAUUGCCUGCACCCAGGAAUGUCUUCACAAUGAGGUUAUGAAUUAAUCCUAACUUUUGCACAAUGUCAGGUCUCGGACGGCAAUGGCAGGAUAUAUCCUGCUCCCUGCUUGGCUCCAGAAUGUGCUGUUCCAAGGAACUGUCCUGAAAAGCAUUCAAUGAACUCCUUAUCUUGGCUACCUGUGCCCAUCUGAUGUGUCCAGUCUGUAUAUAGAUUAAAAAACAUCAUGACAAUGACCAGACCUUUCUGAUAAGAUCCUAUUGUUUCUUCUGUAUACUCCAUCCUACUGUGUGAUUACAGUUGGAAUCUGUACACCCCAUCCACAAGUGACUUCUUAUCUUUAGAUAGACAUGAGAAAUACAAACCAUUCUUACAUCUUGGUUUCUAGCACUUAAGGCAUUAAGGAUAUGAGUCAAAGGUAGGUAUAUAGAGUUAGGCCACAGAUCAGCCAUGAUCACAUUGACUGGUGGAACAGGCUCAAGGGGCUGAUGGCCUACUCCUGUUCCUAUGUGCUUGGUUCAUCUUUCUUUCCAUUUUGUCUGGAUAGAGGUAUUUAGCCCUACAGGUACUUGAAUUCUUCAGGCUGUUACGUGAAAGACAUGUUGAUAAUUUGAGUGUGGGCUAUCAAAGCAGCUUGCAGAUCACAGAUAUCUAAAUCAGUGUCUGCCUAACUUUGUUAAUAGGAAGUAUCUGAGAAGUCUGCACUGUGACCAAACAUAUUGAGAUAUUUCACCUGUUGGAAUCUGACCUGCAGACUCUAUCCGUUAGCAACAAUAGCCCAGAUAAUCUGAUGGCCAGAGAGUUGUUGGAGCAGCCUAGACUACACUUGUGUGUUGGGACUGUUUGGAAUCCUUGAAUCAGCUUACUCUGAAUUGUCCAGGAUUUUUAAGUUUUCUGCUGGGGAAAAAUAUAAUUCCCCUAUGUAUGGAGCCCCUUGAGUUUAUUAAAAUUGGAGAAUUCAGAGAGUUCCAACUCACUUAAGCUUAAUAUUUACCCAGGAAAAGUUAUUGUAACUCCUGGGUUACUACUAAACUGACCCCUUACUCUCUGUCAACUGCACCUACCUAAAUCCAUUAGGACUCUUGACAACUACAACCACCACCUCCCCUCACCCCUGACCAACUGUUCAGCCCAACAAUGCUUCAAGAUGACCGAUAGGAGACAUGGAUAUCUGCUUCAGCCUUGGCUAUUUAUUUCUGAUAUCAAGCAAUAUCAGAUGUUGAAAACAUAUACAGUCCUCAACAGUUGAAAACAUCCAAUUGCUUGUAUUAGCUAAAAUUCAUUAACUAUUUGGAUUAACAUCAAUUUCCAAGUUACUGCUUAUUAAUAUCUUUCAUGCUGCAUUUAUUUUGUACAGCUUAAGCAAGCUUCUCACUAAUUUAUAUUUCAGUAGGAAUACUGACAUGUAAAUAAUACCUUGAUGUUCAUUACUAAUUAAACAUGCUGAUCUAAUGGGGAGAAUUUGUCUAUUAGGAACUAAGAAGAACAAAAAGAGAACUUUACCUUGGUAUUUUUACUUUUACAUGGCAUCAUGUUCAUAAGUCUGAUAGAAGUCUUCUUUAAAGCAGUUGAUUCAGUGUGAUGAUGCUGGAGUAUUUUUGCAGGUACAUUCAAAACCUACUGACAUCUGUGACUGUUGCAAAAUAUGUAUAAAAAUUAGCAACUUUUUUUCCCAUUUGUUCUUCAGUUUUGGGUAAUUUGAUUUAGAAACUUUGUACUUUGGGAAAUGUAUUUUGUUAUGCAAGUAUAUCUAUUUUUAAAAAAACUGCCUAAAAUUUAGCCAAAAUGCCAGAGACAUGGACAGAAACAUUAACAGCAAGCUUAAAGAUUUCCUCGUGGUAAAUGUCUUUCCCUGUUUUGGCUGUUACAUUAAUACAUUUACCUCCUUUGAAUUAGCCUGAUUGUUAUAAGCAUUGAAGACUGUACAAUUAAACAUAUGAAGAACAAUUCAGCAAAUUAUUGGAGUUUGCUUGACUUGCUUUGCUGGAUGAGUCACAGAGAGCCCUCUAGUACAUCAGUGGUCUCCUUACGAAAGAAUUGAAACUUUAAUCUGGAAAUGAAAAGGAAGAAGGUGGAUGGAAAACGAAAGUCUCUGGAUGAAGGAGAAUGGAAAAGUUCGGAACUAGUACAAGCCAAGAUAUUGCAACAACAUUGCAGGAUAUCAAUGAUUUUUCUGCUGGAAAGCAUGUUCUUCAUUUGCAUUGAAUAAAAAGCCCUCAAGUAUUUCUUGCCUUGUUGUCAGAUGGCAAAUCAUCAAUUUUGAUACCAUGAAUGUUCCCAAAAUUUGUGACUUUUUUUUUGCAGUAUUCUGGUAUACAAUGUUUUUGUACUUCUUUGUCUUGGCAAAUCUAUACCAACACUACUAAA